GACUCAUCGAUGACGCAACCUUUAACCAAAAGCAAGCUAGACUUGCCAUAGAUAACAGCCUUCACUGAUAACCCAUCAACUGAUAACAGCUAUGCUUAUAACGUUCGAGAAACAGAUAUUUAUUACAUCACUGUUAUUGAAAGUCUCAGUGUCUCCGAUACGCUGUCGUGCGAAGCAUCACGGGCCGAUAUAAGUGCUAUACGUGAUCGGGAUACGUGUUGUAUAGGAAAUAAUAUAAAACUCACGUUCUGAACACGAAGUGUAAGUGAAAUAUCGUACGAAAUAUGUAUCGUAAGUAGAAACGAAAAAUAUUGAGAAAGAGAAAGUUUAAUCAACAUUUCCGUGUGACGAAAUAUCGUCUAACCUUGUCAUCAUGUCGGGGAAAAGAGGAUCUCUUAAGGGGAAAAGCGUGUCGUUCGCUUCGUUAACUAAAUCGAAGUUCUACGUAACAAGCGGCGACAAGAUGCAAAACAUUCCAGGACAAACUAUCUCUGGGGAACUGAAUAAAAAAACUCUCGUCAAGGUGCCGUCUAAUGGGAAAGCUUCAGUAAGCCCUCAGUCGUCGGUAGAUAGACGGUCGAUGGAGUCAUUCAAAAGACAAUUGUCAAAUCCUGAGCAGAAAACAGAAGCUCUGCCUGUUAGACAAUCUCAACAGGUCGCUGCUGUUCAAGAAGAUAACACAAAUGGUCAAAGGAAACUCCGACUAAUGAUGUCAUCAAACGGUAGAAAAUCAGUCAGCCCGCAGACAUCAGUCGAUUGUCAGAAUUCAGCAGGUAAGCCAUUAGGACAAUCUGAAAAGAUUCCAAUUGGAGAAGAGCACAUGGGUGACCAGAAAAAAAUUCACCUGGCAAGGCCACCAAACGGUAAAAAAUCUGCAAGCCCGCAAACAUCCGUCGAAAGUCAGAAUUCAUCCAACUCACAGUUAUCAGAUGCUACGGAGCUUGCUUCAGCAGCAAUACCCAUUAGAAAUUCUCAGCAGAAAUCCGCUGAAGUAUCCACCCGACGACUGAACCCAUCGUCUGCAGAGAUGCGCCCCACCAACGGUCUCGUAAAGACCACUUCGUCGGAGUCCCUAAAAAUGCAUAAGAGACGAAGCUCCGUUGGUUGCACCAAUUUCAACGGAACUGAAACCAUUGCCUAUCAACAGUCUCUCGAAUAUACAGGUUCCGCAACGUAUAAAAAUCGGAAAGCUUCCCUCCCACAUCAGAGUUUCAACCGCGGAUUGAACGACCAGUUCCGCCGAUCAUCUGCAACACGUCGGACGAGUGCACCCGAGCAGAAGAAUUUCACCGUCACCUACGAGAGAGUUCAUGGUCCUGCAGACGGGGCCUAUAAAAACGAGUCCAAACCAAGAGGGUUGAUCUUCAUGAAGAACAUCGAAGAAUUCGACGACAACAAGUACAGUCUGAGACAAGGUUCCAAAGUGGACUAUGCGAACCUGCUAGAUCUUUUCCAGCAAAUGGGUUAUCGCAAAAGCCAAAAGUAUUGCGAAACCGGCCAUAUUACUAAGAAGAAACUUAUGGAAGACUUGGAAGCGUUCAGUAAGCUUGACCACAGGGCUUAUGACUCUUGCAUUUUUAUUUUGAUGAGUCAUGGCGUGCAUGAUAAGACGUUUGUGUGUUCUGAUGGAGAAUUCGUGGAUUUAAUGGAUGUUUACUCUAUGCUUAACAACACCAACUGUCAACACCUUCGCAACAAGCCAAAAAUAUUCAUCCUCCAGUUCUGCCGACCUCAGAGCAAGUCAGUAAACCAAGUUCGUACGAAAACCGGCGUGUCGUACUUAUCGCCGAGUGCCACCGAAGAGUUCAUUGAACUUAAAAUAAAUGCGGCUGUGUAUAAAAUGGCAGAGCAGCUGAGGAAGGAGUUCUCGGCAAUGUUCGCUGAGCACUCGGGAACCUUGCUUGCAGUUCAGAAAGAACCCCAAAUUCCGGGUGAACUCAUUACCCACAAGGAACACCAGGACCCAGAAGAACACCAUUCCCACCAGUACAAAGUACCAACGAUCAGGGAACUUUCACCUGAACGUACCCCUGGUCUCUCCACCAGUCCUGCACUAUCAGAGAGUCCUGAGUUUCCUGCCAGUCCUGCGUACUAUCCUGCUACGCCCCUGCAGCGUCGCAGAAAUUAUUCUCUAGACUACUUGAGCUCGCCCAAUCUGGUCUCUUACGAACACAGACAUGAGCACACUGUUUUCCCUUUCGACGAGAACGACAGCGAGCUCAUGCCUGACGCCGAAGCGCAAGACACAGACGGCUGUGACGCCCCGAGCCCCGACUACUCUGACAUGUACUCGAUCUUCUCGACCAACUCUGGGGGUGUUGCAUACCGCCAUCCCCGCAAAGGGUCGUUGCUGGUGCAGGCCAUCUGCCAGGUCUUCGCCAAGCACGCAUACCAUGAGGACAUCGAGGGGCUCGUUAGACGGGUAUCGAAGUGGAUGCAGCAGGAGAUCUCAAAGGACAACCCUCUAGCCAGCCACCGCCACGCGGUGGUUGAGCGCGUCAACAACGGCCUGGACAAAGCCUUCUACUUCAACCCAACCGUCCUUAAGAGUCCUAAGCGCCACAUGACCAUCGCCUUCUGAAGUGUGAUGAGUGUGAUGUAGAGUGUGGUGUGAAGUGUGGUGUAGAGUGAGAGCCUCGACCGCAACAUCACCAUCGCCUUCUGAAGUGUGACGAGUGUGGUGUAGAGUGUGGUGUAGAGUGUGGUGAAAAGUGUGGUGUAGAGUGUGAGCCUCGACCGCAACAUCACCAUCGCCUUCAGAAGUGUAAUGAGUGUGGUGUAAAGUGUGGUGUAAAGUGUGGUGUAAAGUGUGGUGUAGAGUGAAGGCCUCGACCGCAACAUCACCAUCGCCUUCUGAAGUGUGACGAGUGUGGUGUAGAGUGUGGUGUAGAGUGAGAGUCCUAAGCGUAACAUGACCAUCACCUUCUAAAGUGUAACGAGUGCGAUGUAGAGUGUGGUGUAGACUGAGAGUCCUAAGCGCAACAUGACCAUCGCCUUCUGAAGUGUAACGAGUGUGAUGUAGAGUGUGGUGUAGACUGAGAGUCCUAAGCGCAACAUGACCAUCGCCUUCUGAAGUGUAGAGUGUGAUGCAGAGUGUGGUGAAGAGUGAGAGCCUCGACCGUAACAUUACCAUCGCCUUCUGUAGUGUGAUGAGUGUAAUGCAGAGUGUGGUAUAGAUUGAGAGCCUCUACCGCAACAUCACCCUCCUCUUUCAAAGCGUGACGUCGGAUGUGAUGUAGGGUGUGGUAUAGAGUGAGGUGUAGAAUGAGAGUCCCAGGUGUAACAUCACCAUUGCCUUCAUCACCAGUGAUAGAGCCGGAGGAAAAUAGUACGAAGAAGGGGGCAGUAGUUAGAGAAGAAGGGGGCGGUAGAGUAAGUGAAGGGGGUGAUAGAGUGAGUGAUGGAGGUGGUGGAGUACAUGAAAGAGGUGGUAGAGUAAGUGAUGGAGGUGGUGGAGUACAUGAAAGAGGUGGUAGAGUAAGUGAAGGGGUGAUAAAGUGAGUGAUGGAGUACAUGCAAUAGGUGAUAAAGUAAGUGAUGGAGGUGGUGGAGUACAUGAAAGAGGCGGUAGAGUAAGUGAAGGGGUGAUAAAGUGAGUGAUGGAGGUGGUGGAGUACAUGAAAGAGGCGGUAGAGUAAGUAAAGGGGUGAUAAAGUGAGUGAUGGAGGUGGUGGAGUACAUGAAAGAGGUGGUAGAGUAAGUGAUGGAGGUGGUGGAGUACAUGAAAGAGGUGAUAGAGUGAGUGAUGGAGGUGGUGGAGUACAUGAAAGAGGUGGUAGAGUAAGUGAAGGGAACGGUAGUGUCAAGGUAUCACCAACUAAGUAAGUUGGCGAUACCCUGAGUAUUAAAGCUAGUGAUCAAGUUAGUAGUAAUUAAGGUGAAUGAUAAAUUAGUUAUUAAAUUGUGUGCUGAAAGUAUUGGAAAAGUGGUGUUUGAUGGAUGAUUAAUUAAGUUAGUGAUAAAAUGGUAGGUAAAAUGAGGGGUAAAAUGAGUUGCGAUGUGAAUAUUAAUGUUUUUGGUGAAGUGAGCUUCCGCAUAUAAGUGGUGAAGUUAGUGGUUUUUGGGAACGGUGAAGCAAGUUAUAUAAUUAAUGUGAAAUUGAGUGGUGAAGCGAGAGGUGGUAGUUUAAAGUGAAGGACUCGGGAAAGUAUAAAGUGAUACCAAGGUUCAAAACCGUUCAUUAAAAUACACACUGAAAUUCUCGAGAAAUUCUUAGGCUAUAUAGGAAUCGAUGGCCGCUGAUGUGCCGCCCAUGAUUAUUAUUUUAACUAAUAAAUUUGAUUACGAAUAAUUUCGGCUCUGCUACUAUUCCGUCAGUAGUUUUAAUUUAACAUAGAAUAUAAAUAAAAAUUGCGAAUUUUAAUUGGUUUCACGGUGACAACAAAUUAUAUUAUUACAGUCGUAAAUGUAAUUUAAUUCGAUUAUAUAUGUUUACCUGAGGUUGUAAUUAUUAUCUUGAUUAACUAAAUCAUAACCUCUAAGUACCUUUCUCUAAUUAGGAACAUAAUUUUACCAUUAGCUUAUUUGUACGCAAUAAUUGAUGUUUUCAAACAAAUUAUAUUUUCGAUAGUUAUCACACAAUAUGAAUUUUGCAUAUACAUAUUUUGUUACAUUAUGAAAUAUAAAUGAUUAAUAAGUGCACGACUCCUUUUCUUUUUACUACAUACAUUCGAAUAAUUCAUUAAUCGUUAUAGCCGCUUAUUAUCUCGGAAUUUUUAUCCUAUCUUAUCUUUGAAUUAGAGCUGCUUGUGACAAGCUUAUCAGCCCGAUAUCAUAGGAUUGUCAUUGCAGGCCAUUUGGCGAUAGCAUGCAUUGCACAUGAUAAAUGGGGAACACAAUUUCCAAGGAAACAAUCAGCGUGUGCAGCUUAGGCCUUCUCAUAGUCAACAAAAGCCUCCUUAGCCUUAACAUAGGCCUUCUAGGUGGCAACGUUGGCCUCUUUACCGUCAACAUAGGCCUCCUUAGUGGCAGCGCAGGCCUCCUUGCCCUUAACAUAGGCCUUCAAGGUGGCAACUUUGGCCUCUUUACCGUCAACAUAGGCCUCCUUAGUGGCAACGUAGGCCUCCUUACCCUUAACUUAGGCCUUCUAGGUGGCAACGUGGGCCUACUUACCGUCAACAUAGGCCUCCUUAGUGGCAACGUGGGCCUCCUUACCGUCAACGUAGUCCUCCUCAUCGUCAACAUGGCCUCAUGAGGCAGCUGCGGCCACAGGCCUAAUGGCUCCCGUAUAAUUUUUGGUGCAGUAAUUCCCCUCUAAGGAAGCUGGUCAUCGUAAAUUGCCCUGCUAAGUGGCAGGCGCUAACGAGCGCUCGAGCCUCGAACAUAUUUUUAAAUUAGGGUAGACAAAUCCAGGGCUUUUGAAUGGCCGGUAAGAUUACUAUUAAUCCUUAAUUAUCUUACAUAAUUGGGGACAUCUUUUAACGGCGAUAAAAUUGUGGUCGACUGUUGGAAGGUCCAAUAUAUGUGUCGUAAUCUAUGUAGUAAUUAAAUAUAAGCAGAAUUGAUAAAAUAUUAUUUAGCAGUAAAAUUGUUGAAAUAACAAUAUAAAAUCACUUUGAUUCAUCAUGAAGGAAGCUUCCUGGACUCACGAAUUUCAGAGCAAAAUUCAUUUUCAAAACACAGUCAAAUCUUAUGUCUAACUUAACUGAAUUAACCACACUAGCUCAGGAUAAUAUAUCAUAAUAUAUAUGUACCAUAUUAUAACAGAUAGUGUGUCAUAAUAUAUAUAUAACCCAACAUACGUAUACCGUGGACGGAGGCAAAAUCUUAUAGAUUUCGAUUGGAUUAAUUGGACAAAUAAUUAUAAUUGACUGAAAAAUAUCUUCUUUUAAAUCUCGAGCGGAAUAGUGAGUAAAUCUCCGCUAAAUAUAGCCAGAGAUAUUGUGGUUACUUUCAUCCCGAUAGAAAUUCAUACUGCCAGUAAGCUACGGCAUAAGUGAACUAUUAUAUAAAUAGGCUCAUUAAUGCUCAUAUGUAUUAAUAAUAUAUGUGAAUAUAUAUAACAUGUAUUCGAUUUUGAUCCGUAUCUGAGAUACUUGUUGUAUAUA